AUGGCUUAUUCUUCUGAGACUCUUUCUAUUGUGGAACAAAUUGAUUCCACUGCCAUGCUCAAUAUCAAGGCAAAUCAGAAUCUCGUUCUGGAUCUUAACUCUUCAAGAUAUUACGAUGACCUCAAGCCAAUGAUUAAAUAUCUGAAAUAUUCUCCUAUUACUCAAUAUAUGAUAAUGGCAGAAACUGUGCCGAUGGUGCAUCUUUCUAAUGCAUAUUCUUUUGCUUUCUAUAAUCAGAAUGAAUGGGUGAUUAAUUUUGAAAUCGAUUCCCAUAAAAUCUCUGUGACAACCUGA